ACCUGACCUAGGACUGCAAGCCCUACUCGCAACAGGGGAUUCUUUCCGUCCAUGGCCAUGAGGGUCGACUCGGCCAUCCUCGCCGUCGUCGUCGCCUUCCUCAUCCCCCUCCGCCUGCUCUCCUUCGUUGUCCGCCUGAACACCUCCGGUAGCGCCGGCGACCUCCGCCGAUCCUGCACCGCCUUCGCCAUCGCGGCCGCGCUCCUCGCCGUCAUCUUCGGCCUUCCCCGAGACCACGUCGGUCAGACGGGGCACUGCGUGGCGUCCGUCACCAACACGGGAGAGGAUGGUAUGGGCCUAGAGGUUCGGCUGGAGAUCGAGCAGCUGAAGCUCCAGCUCAACCGAUUGGAAUCACUCUGGGAGAACAAUUCGAAAGCAUCGGAUGGUAAAGGUCAUGGUUCAGAUGAAGGUGGCGAGGCUGUGAAAGCGAUGGAACUGGACAUUCAGGCUCUGAUCAAGGAGCAAGAAAACAUCAAGGCCAUGCUAGUGAAAAUGCAUACAGAAUGGGAAAACAAUUCAAAAGCAUGGGAUGACGAAGGUCAUGUUUCAGAGGAAGAUGUCGGGGUUGUGAAAGUGAUGGGACUAGACAUUCAGGCUCUGAUCAAGGAACAAGAAAACAUCAAGACCAUGCUAGUGAAAAUGCAUACAGAAUGGGAAAAAAAUUCAAAAGCAUCGGGCGACAAAGGUCAUGUUUCAGAGGAAGAGGCCGGGGUUGUGAAAGCGAUGGGACUAGACAUUCAGGCUCUGAUCAAGGAACAAGAAAACAUCAAGGAAUUAUUACGGAAUUCUGAAAGUACUAUCAAGUCAGUCACAAAUGAGGUUCUAAUUCUGGCGGCGGAAUCAAGAAAGAUGAACUCUGAUAUUUACAAUAUAUGGUCAUUGGCCAACGAUACAGAGAAAACUGUUGAAGCUCUACAUUCAGAUGUCAAAAGUGUGUUCGAGUUUGUUGGGAAAGCUGUUUGA